UUUCCAGCCGUUCGGCCAUACAAUUCCGUGGAUCAAUAUGUACCAGCGGGGCCGGCUACAUCGCAACUAGUCGCCCCAUGCGACGUCGAUGACGUCGACCCUUACACCCUCAACAGCGGCGCAACAAUACCAUCCACAGAGCUCGGUGUACUGAAUGCAUCUUUUUCCACACAAAUCUCCCAGGAUCCCAAUCACCCACAGAAUCAUGGACUUCUCCAACUCCGCCCUCCCCGCACACUAUGGCCUCAACUUCACGCCCACAUUCCACUCCAGAAUCCCAGCAAACAUCUCGCACACUGCAUCCACCCUGCCCCAGCCCUUUGUAGUCGUAGUCACAGGUGCGGGAAAAGGUCUGGGUUACCAUAUCAGCCUCGAGUACGCGCGUGCCGGCUGCUCAGCUCUGGCCAUUUCCUCGCGCACGGAAUCGGACCUGGACAAGCUGGAGGGGGAGAUUGCGAGUAUUAGCAAGAAAAACGUGGCGGCUGGCGGAGGAAGGGAGAUUGAGGUGUUGAAGGUUGUCGCGGAUGUGCAGAGCGACGCCGACGUCGCGAGGCUCGAGCAAGAAGUGCGUGCGAAAUGGGGACGCGUCGACGUCGUCAUCGCCAACGCGGGCGUGAUAUCAGCGUACAUAACGCCGUCUUCGCCGGAAGAGAGUAAUCUGCCCAGGGGAAUCGUGCAGGAUGGGGAUUGGGCAAGGGUCCUGGAUAUCAAUCUCAACGGUGUUUGGCGCGUGAGCAAGGCGUUUGUGCCGUUGCUGGCUCAGACGAAAGAUGGCCCGCAGACGAUUAUUGCGAGCUGUAGCAUGGCCGCGCACAGCGUCGUUAGUGAUCUAACGCCGAUUGCGUACAACGUGAGUAAAGCCGCAGUCAUGCGGUUGAUGGAGUGUGUGGCGAAUGACCAUAGGAAGGAGGGUGUGCAGGCGUUUGCGCUGCAUCCCGGAGCGGUGGUAACGCCGCAGACGAAGAACCACGCAGGAAAUAAUUGGACUGGAAUUUUGGCCGAUGACGAGGGGCUUGCGGGAGCGUUUUGUGUGUGGUUGAGCAAGCAGAAGAGGGCGUGGCUAAGUGGAAGGUUUGUGAGUUGUAAUUGGGAUGUGGAGGAGCUGGAGAAGAAGAAAGAUGAGAUUGUGAAGGGUGAUUUGUUAAAGUAUAGAAUGGUUGUGUGAGGCGUCUACUAAUCGAUCUGGAUGUAUCUUCGUGGAGACACAAGGAAAUAAGACUGGGUUGGGUUGCAAA